GAUAAAGAAGGUGGGUACAUCAUCUCAAAAAAGAAACUACUGAUAAAGAAGGCGGGCAUACCCUUUGGGUAGCCGGGACUCCAUCUCUCCCUUUCUGUAGCAACUACUCAAGAUAUAUCUCCAAAAAAAAAGCCAAAGAUUUGCUAAUUACACUUGGGGCUAGGACCUUUUUGUAGCAACUACUCAAGAUAUAUCUCCAAAAGAAAUACCAAAGAUUUGUUAAUUACACUUGGGCCUAGGACCUUUUUGUAGCAACUACUCAAGAUAUAUCUCCAAAAAAUAUACCAAAGAUUUUCUAAUUACACUUGGGGCCAAGGAUCUUUUUGUAGCAACCACGUUAGAUAAUCUAACGUAGGAGCGGGUAAAUCUCACCCUUGUAACAAAUUUUCGAAAAGGAAAGAGAAACGUUGGAUGGUUGCGGCAUGCAGCAGAUAGCAGUCGAUCGAUCGGCUUUCAGUUGCACAAUUUCAGGGAAGGAGCCCAAGAAUGGCGCAGGAUCUUAUCAGUCCACGGCUGCCGCACCACCUGCACUAGUCACCUCCCACUUCCUCUUCCACUUGCACUCGCGCGACGUCCGCUCGUUCCGCCGCCUCCGGCCACCUGCGUGCUCCAUGGGCGGCUUCACGCCGGAGGGCGGCGGCGUCCGUGCCGCCCGCGCCGGACGGUACCCUCCCCUCGCCUCGCUCGUCGUCUCCACCAUCGCCGCCUUCUCCGCCGUCAUCGUCAUCGCCGUCCUCCACUCGGCGUACGACGACGCGCUGUCCCGGACGCGGACGCUGCUGGGGCACAACCUGGAGCCGACGCCGUGGCACCCGUUCCCGCACGACAAGGGCCGCCCGCCGCCGCGCGCCGCGCUCCGGUGCGCCUCCUACCUCUCCUGCCUCCCGCCGCUCUCGCAGCCGAAGCCGGCGGCGGCGGCGGCGGCCAACGCGUCGAGACCGCGGCAGUGCCCGUCCUACUUCGCCGCCAUCCGCCGCGACCUGGCGCCCUGGAGGCGCCGCGACGGCGGCGGCGGCGGCAUCACGCGCGCGCUCCUCGAGUCGGCCCGCUUCCGCGCGUCCAUGCGCGUCACCAUCACGGGCGGCGGGACGCGGCUGCACGUGGACCUCUACUACGCCUGCGUGCAGAGCCGCGCGCUCUUCACCGUGUGGAGCCUGCUGCAGCUCAUGCGGCGGUACCCCGGCCGCGUCCCGGACGUGGACCUCAUGUUCGACUGCAUGGACCGGCCCGCCAUCAACCGCACCGAGCACAGCGGCGACGGCGCGCCGCCGCCGCCUCCCCUGUUCCGGUACUGCACCACCCGCGACCACCUCGACAUCCCGUUCCCGGACUGGUCCUUCUGGGGCUGGCCGGAGACGCACAUCGAGCCGUGGAGCCGGGAGUUUAGGAGCAUCAAGCAGGGCUCCAGGCGGGUGAAGUGGCCGGACAGGGUGCCCACGGCGUACUGGAAGGGCAACCCGGACGUGGCGUCGCCCCUCCGCCUCGCGCUGCUCGCCUGCAACGACACCAACCUGUGGCGAGCCGAGAUCAUGCGCCAAAACUGGGAGGAGGAGGCCAAGUCCGGGUACCAGAACUCCAAGCUGUCCAGCCAGUGCACGCACCGGUACAAGAUCUACGCGGAGGGGUUCGCGUGGUCGGUGAGCCUCAAGUACAUCCUGUCGUGCGGGUCCAUGGCGCUGCUGAUCGACCCGCUGUACCAGGACUUCUUCAGCCGGGGGCUGGAGCCGCGGGUGAACCACUGGCCGGUGACCGCGGCGGGGAUGUGCGAGUCCAUCCGGGACGCCGUGGAGUGGGGCAACGCGCACCCGGAGGAGGCGGAGCGCGUCGGGAAGCGCGGGCAGCGGCUCAUGCAGGAGCUGGGCAUGGACACCGUCUACGACUACAUGCUGCACCUGCUCACCGAGUACGCCGGGCUGCUCGACUUCCGGCCGGCGCCGCCGCGCGCCGCGCAGGAGGCAUGCGCCGGCUCCGUGCUCUGCCUCGCUGACGACCGCCAGAGGAGGUUCCUGGAGGCCUCCGCCGCGUCCCCCGCCACCGCCGAGCCGUGCUCCAUGCCGCCGUCCGACGGCUGAUCAAACCAAAAGCUGCAGAUGAAUCAAGGAGUGGGAGUGGAGAUUGAGCAUCCGUGCCCGUGCGUCGAGGGAGGGUAAAGGUGCAUGCGCAAUGGAUGGACUUGUACGAGUACCAUUAUUUAGGGAUGAUGAUAUGAUACGCUCGUGGGAUACUGGUAGGGUCGGGAUGGGGUAGCGGUAGAGGGAUGGGAUACUAGUAGUGGAGUAGUACUAAUCUCGGUGCGUCUCAAUUUUGAUGCGGAUUAGCUACUGUUGAUCGGUCUUCUGUAAUAAAAGAGAACCUUUGCUUAUUGACAUGCGAGAGAAAUGUGGAGGGAAAGUUUGAAUGCUU